AAGCCUCACGAGCCCCUCCCCGUCUCCCCGAAAUCCGGCGCGGCGCUGUCUUUUCGUCUACCCCCGCGCGUCUCCGAUCCAGCGCAAUCCGGUGGGCUGUCUCCCCAUUCUAACGGGGCUCUGAUCCAUUGGUGUGAUUCGGUGGCUGCUGGAUCGGUCGGCGCCACAGUGAGCUGCAGAUUGGGCUCCGGGUAGCCAGAUUUGACCGCGUAAGAACGAGACCUGGAGGCGCGCCCAUCGCCAGAGGUGCUCGCCGGGGACGGCACAUGCGCGUGACGCUCACGCCCAAGGACGAGGAGUGGCUGGUCGUGCUGAUGACGAGGGAGCGCCCGCGGUCGUCGGUGAUCGCGCCUGGGGGAGACGUCUUCACCGCCGCCGGCGGCGGUGAGACGUCCGAUGGGGACUCUUCCGAGUCGCUGGAAGAGAUUAGUGCCGCCGACUUUAAGGAGUCGUCCAGUGGCACUGCCGCUGGGAACGCUGCAUCGCAGAGAUCUAGGGUUUGGAUGGGGUACACCAUGUCCCGGAGUUAUGCGCCGGCGUUCCACAGCUUUGCUUGGGCGCAGGCUGUGCAGAACAAGCCUCUCGUUCCGCGGCCUGCUGCAGAAGAGGACGAGGUAGAGCACCUCGUCGACGCCUCGGACGAGGAGAAGGAAGAGGGCGAGAUUGAGGAGGGGGAGGCCGUACAGUCCACUUCCCCUCCAAUUAAGCAGCCUGAGACCAUCGACUUGAACUCUGAUGCGCAGGACAAAUCAGAGUCAGUCGUCAUGGGGAAGACCCCUUUGGCUGUCGAGGCGGCUGAUGAGCUGGAUUUUGACCAGCGCGUGGGGAGUAUACUGGAGGAGCUUGAGAGGCUUUCCAUUGAGGAAGCUGAGAAGUCAUUUGAGGGUUCUUGUGCCCGUCUGCGGUCUUGCUUUGAGAGCCUUAAGCCGCUGUUCCCAGAGAGCGGUAGCCCGAUGCCUAUGCUUGAUGCUCUUGUGCAACAGGCUUUUGUUGGAAUCGACACCAUCACCACUGUAGCUAAUUCAUAUGCAAUGCCGAAGAGGGAGCAGAACAAGAACAUGCUGUUGAAGUUGCUGUUUCACAUAAAGAACAGAUAUUCAGACAUGCUGACACUUAACCAGCGAGAUGAGCUUGAUAGUCGUGUGAGACAGUUAGUUUUUGUAGAUGGAGAAGAUAAUGCUGGUUCCAAUUGUAGCACCAAAACAGUGAAUGUUGUUGUUCCAUCUGCACAGGUUCCAUCAGAUAGAUUGCCAUUCGAGUCAGGAGCUGCAAAUCCACUUAGGGGCUCUAGUUUCCCUAGCUGGGAGAUACCGGCAAAUAAUAGAAUGGUUAGCCCCUUGUUGGAUCUUCAUGCAGAUUAUGAUGAGAGCAGCUUACCCUCACCCACCCGAGAUAGUGCACCACCUUUUCCUGUGCCAAAGCCCAUUGGAUUUGGAGUAUUUCCAAUGGCACCUGACAGAUAUUUUUCGGUGGAAAGAGUUGAGCUGUCGAAAAAAGUUCUGUAUCCAUCUGUGAAUGACGCGCUAAAGGAUGUUUCCUCAUACCGACAGAAGUAUGGCCAGACAUCUACCUUUGCAAGUUAUGAUCUUCCAAGUCCAACCCCAUCUGAUGAUGGGGAUAAAUCUGAAGACAAAGAUGGUGGUAUAUUUGUUGAAGUUCCAAGCUUUUCAGAUUCUAAUAAGUCUGCUCCGCCAAGUGGGAAUCUGCUACCUGCUUCCCGACCUAGUGUAGUUAUCAGCAGUAAUGACAGUUUUGCAGGUGGUCCUCCAGGCUAUGCUAAACAAAUUGAACAGUCUGUUUCAGGACCCAGCCAUGCUCUUAAGCCUUCAGCUAAAAGUAGAGAUCCAAGGCUUAGGUUUUUAAACCGUGAUUCUGGUGGUACUGCAGAUGCAAAUAGACAUGUAAAUUUGGCAGAGCCAAAUGCUUCCAGAGAUGGGACCUUGUGGGGUGUUGUAUCAGAUAAUAGCCGGAAGCACAAGGCAACUGGCCAACCUCUCAUCGAUGAAUCCGUGUUAAAAAGAGCUAGGGAGUGUGCUGGGAAUCCCAGAGACAUGCAGGUGCCACCAGGUAGAGAUGGAAGUAACAUUAGCUCCUAUUCAGGUGACAGGGUUCAAUCAAAUCAGCAUACAUGGCUUGAAACUAAGACAGCCGGGAAUCAACUUAUUAGCAAUGUCAGUAGUAUCCCGGACAGUACUGGAGCUCUCCAUGCGUCCCAACCUAAUUCAUUUCCACAGACCAGUGCAGCUCCUAUUGUUUCAUUGCCUGCAGUGUUAAAGGACAUUGCUGUGAACCCGACUGUGCUCAUGCAUUGGAUUCAAAUGGAACAUCAGAAGAGGUCACCAUCAGAGCCUCAGCCUGCUUCAGGUAUCAUCUCUAGUGGCAUGAUCAAUAAUGUCACUGCUGGGAUGGUUAUAUCACCUGGCAAUGCUCUGAAGACCGCAGAAGUUGCACACAUUCCUUCUUAUAGGCCACAAGCAACAUCGACAGCCUCUGUGAAUUCACAAAAUGACCCUGGAGUAAUACGUAUGAAGUCCCGUGAUCCCCGCCGUGUUCUCCACAAUAAUACAUCACAUAAGAACGAUACACCGAACUCUGAUCAAGCCAAAAGCAAUGGAAUUGCCCUGCCGGCCAACCAGGACAGCAAAGACAAUUUGAUUAACCGCGAACAAGUGGCGGAGCAACUUCAGACUAUUGUGUUGCCAUCUCAACCAGUCUCGUCAUCCAGCAUUGCUCGACAGUCCACCAUGAGCGCGAGUAAGGUGGAUUCUGUCUCUAAUUCACAGUUAGCCGCUUCAUCACUCAUUGCUCCUCAAGAAACUUUAGUCAGCAUAAAUAGGGCAGAUCCAAGAGUAGCUACUGGACAGAAUGAUUCCAAUGAUGCUGCCCCUGCUACAACACUUGGUACCAGGCCACCAGCUAACCAGUGGGGUGAUCUUGAUGAUCUCCUCAACGGUUAUGAUGACCAGCAGAAGGCUCUCAUACAGAAGGAAAGGGCAAGACGGAUCAUGGAACAGCACACGAUGUUUUCAUCGAGGAAACUUUGUUUAGUGCUAGAUUUGGAUCACACUCUCCUCAAUUCUGCGAAGUUUAUAGAAGUGGAUCCUAUUCAUGAAGAGAUUUUGUGGAAGAAAGAGGAACAAGACCGGGAAAGGUCAGAGCGACAUCUAUUCCGAUUCCAUCAUAUGCAAAUGUGGACUAAACUAAGACCAGGAAUAUGGAAUUUUCUUGAGAAGGCGAGCAAGCUUUACGAGCUGCAUCUGUACACGAUGGGGAACAAGCUGUAUGCUACUGAGAUGGCUAAGGUUCUUGAUCCUAGUGGAACCCUGUUUGCGGGGAGAGUCAUCUCAAGAGGUGGUGAUGGCAUCUCAAGAGGUGGUGAUGGUGAUACAUUUGACAGUGAUGACCGUGUUCCAAAAAGUAAAGAUCUUGAUGGGGUAUUGGGGAUGGAAUCUGCAGUAGUAAUCAUCGACGACUCUGUUAGAGUCUGGCCCCACAACAAAAACAAUAUGAUUGUUGUAGAGAGAUACACCUAUUUCCCCUGCAGCAGACGGCAAUUUGGCCUUCCUGGACCAUCACUUCUUGAAAUUGACCGUGAUGAAAGGCCAGAGGAUGGCACUCUUGCUUCUUCGUUGGCGGUUAUUGGGCGCAUUCAUCAAAACUUCUUUUCCCAUCCCAACCUCAAUGAUGCUGAUGUGCGCAGCAUACUAGCAUCUGAGCAGCGGAGGAUCCUUGCCGGCUGCCGUAUUGUUUUUAGCCGGAUUUUCCCUGUUGGAGAGGCUAACCCCCAGUUGCAUCCUCUCUGGCAGACUGCAGAGCAGUUCGGUGCAGUGUGCACGAACCAGAUUGACGAUCGGGUCACUCAUGUUGUCGCUAACUCGCUAGGGACCGACAAGGUGAAUUGGGCACUACAAACAGGCAGAUUCGUCGUUCAUCCAGGAUGGGUAGAAGCUUCAGCUCUUCUAUACCGGCGUGCCAAUGAACAUGAUUUUGCAGUAAAAUAACCAUUCCUGGGUUCAAAUUCUUCAUCCAAGAGGAAUCCUCUUGGGACAUGGUCUGGUUCAUGAAAACCUAACAACACAAGUAAAAACUGGACCAGACAAAGAAAACCAUGGGCCCAUAAGAAAACCACAUGCCAAAACAGGUAAUGAAAAAUGAUUUAUGCAAAGCCUGAAUUGGUAGAGGUCGGCCGAAACAAUCUGGGUUCAGAUGGAUCAUGAAAAAAGAAUGCUAAAGUGAAAGUUCGAUUAUCUAAGACUUCAUCACCCUCCCUCCCUUGUAAACUUGUAAAAAUGUACUCCCUUCGUCCCAAAAUUCUUGACUAGAUAUAUUCAUAUCUAGACAAAUCUGACUAAGAAUUUUGGGACGGAGGGAGUAUGUUUCUGGUGCCUGGCCCCGUGCAUAGACUGCCUGCAGCAGAAAUGGGUUAAUGACAGCUAUCGGUCAUAAUUAGUCAGGGCAGCAACUAUUGCGGAUGAACGAGGCAUUAAGUCUACCCUUUUGUGGCUGUUGCCGUGUGGUGUGGCUCCAGGUGUCCGUUGCUGGAUUCUUGGUGUGCCAAAGGAAAAAAUGCAGGGUUUGAUAUUAUGACGUGUCUGUAGCAUUGCAUUUACGUGGUUCAGUUGGCAACAUUUUGUGUUUACGCGUUAUAGCAGAGAAGAAUGCAAAAGAGGCGAUCAGUUGGUUAACGAAGCUGUUUCAAGAUUAUAUUUGAAACAAAUCAAAGAGGUUGAUCUCACAUUGUAAAUGGUUACAGGGAGUAUAUAUAACUCCUGGAGAGAUGCGACGACAGAGAGGAGAUGUGUCGGUUCCAGGAAGUCGGGAGAGAGAGACGCCUGUGCGGGAGGAAACCGCUCGAGCGGUUACAUCAAGAGGAGAUUUUUCCCUAAUUUAUGUAAUUAGUUUUAACACUCCCCCUAAUCUAUGCUUGACCAUGUGGAAUCAUCUUCAUGAUUGUUCGGGAAGCUUUAUCAUCAAAAACUCUUCUUUAAAA